GUAAUAAUAAUGGGUGCCGUUAUCCGCGAGCAGUAUUGAACUGAAUUGAAUAGAAUAGGAGCAUUAAAAGGUGGAGCAGAGUGCGGGCUACUCAAGUCAAGUGGUAGAGAUGAGAUGAGGCUGCACAUGAAUGAAAUGAAAGUGAGUUUUUUUUGCCACUUCAAUUUCAAAGCCCUUUGCUUUGCAUAUCACUAAGGACAAAUAUUGGGUUUGCUUGAAAUAGCAAAAGUUGGAGACUCAAAGCAACCAUAUCAUUUUUUUCCAACUUGUUCAUUCUAUAUGCCAUUUCUGAGCAGUUCACCACAAGCACCAGCACCACUUCUAUUUGGAACUUCUCAAAACACACACAAGCAAAACAUAACAUUGAGAUAAGGAUUGAGGAGGGAGGAGGAGGAAGAAGAAAGAGAAAUCAAGUUGGUUGUCUUCCAACUCCCACCACCUUUUAAUUUUUUCUCUGGGAAUGUGAAGUAGUAGUACUUGUGACCCUCUCUCUUCUCAAGUGGGUCAUGCUUUGUGGCCCCUACCUUCUCCCACUUGCUCCUAGUCUCUGUUGUCUUAGCCUCUGCCCUUUCUUUAUUGUUGUCUUCACAACUCUCUUGUCUCUUCCAUUUUUGUGCUCUUAUUCCUUCCACAAACAGAAACAAAGAUCCAUUCUUUCUCCAUAUGGGGGCUCAGUGAUUUUGGUUUCCCUGCUUCCUAAAGGUGGUGAAUGGUAUCAAACAUCUGUUUGUGUUUCUUUUUGGAAUAUUUCAGUCUUGUCUGCUGAAUAGGAAACUGCUCCAGUUCAAUUCUAGCAUCUGGAUCGCCUUCAUUAGGAAACGUGCAAAGCCUGUUGCUUGGAACUGUUAUUUGGAUUUGAUUGUCUUGGUUUCUUGGCUUAGGAGCUGUUUGCCAAAAAAGGGGUUCUUUGAAUAGUUUUCUAGAUACCAAAGGCCAUGCUUUUGAUACCGAGAGAGGUUCAUGCUUGGUCAAAGAACAAAAUGGAGAGGUUUCCACUUCUUUAGCAUUCAGUACUCUAGAGAAUAGAUAUGAAGAACAUUCUUAAGAAGCUUCAUAUCAUGUCCAAUCAAUCAGAAGAUGCCCAAGGGGCUACUUCAUCAAAGAGCAACAAGUCCAGUAGUGAUGGUUCAUCUUCAUCCACUGCCCCAAAGAAGCUUUCCAAUUGGUUGCAUUCAGUUUCUAAUAGGCAGAGUCCCAGUCCUCCAUCUCCCAACCUGGCUAGAGGAGAAAUAAUGGACCCGUCUGAUUCAGUGAGCAGUGGUGGUUUGGAUGUUGUGUCUGAUUCAGCGAGGCGUGAUUCGGAGUCUAGCACGUCGAGGGAUCCUGAAGUGGAGGAGGAGUAUCAGAUACAACUGGCUUUGGAGCUGAGUGCAAAAGAGGAUCCUGAGGCUGUACAGAUUGAAGCUGUUAAGCAGAUCAGUUUGGGAUCCUGUGACCCUGAUAAUACGCCAGCUGAAGUUGUGGCCUACCGUUACUGGAAUUACAAUGCUCUUGGUUAUGAUGACAAAAUCUCAGAUGGUUUCUAUGAUCUGUAUGGGAUCUUGACCGAGGCAACCUCUGCAAGAAUGCCUUCUCUUGUAGAUCUGCAAGGAACACCGACCUCAGAUGAUGUCACAUGGGAAGCAGUCCUGGUCAAUAGGGCUGCUGAUUCAAAUUUGUUGAAACUUGAACAAGAAGCCAUGGAGAUGGCCGUCAAUUCAAGAAAAGAUUUUGAAGUAGUUUUAGAUAGUGAUUUGGUACACAAGCUUGCAAUAGUAGUGGCUGAAUAUAUGGGUGGAUCAGUUGAAGAUCACGAAAGUAUGUUAAGAGCAUGGAGGAGUCUUAGUUACAGUCUAAAAGCAACCCUCGGUAGCAUGGUUUUGCCACUUGGUUCACUGACCAUUGGAUUGGCUCGGCAUCGUGCAUUGUUAUUCAAGGUUUUAGCUGACACUUUGGGCAUCCCGUGUCGAUUGGUGAAAGGACUGCAGUAUAUGGGUUCCAACGAUGUGGCAAUGAACUUUGUCAAGAUUGAGGAUGGAAGGGAGUACAUUGUUGACCUAAUGGCAGCUCCUGGAACACUUAUUCCAUCUGAUGCUACUGGAUCACACAUUGAGUGUGACGAUUCUUCCUUUGUAGCCAGUCCUUCAUCAAGAGAGCUUGAUUCUCAUGUAGCAUCGUUCAGCAGUGGGGUUGGAAGUUCAUCUGAAGAAGCUUCUGACUCUGGUACUCUGGAUAAAGAUAAUAAAUCAAAGUAUUUUGGCUAUGCAAGGAAAGAAUCCAAUGUAAGCGGGGCUGCUACGGGCAAGGAAGAAUUGAAGAGACCAUCAAAUGAAUCCAAAAAUACCCCCUAUGAGGAGAAGAUCAUACUGCAAGAAUCCCCUAUCAGAUCUAAUUAUCCAUAUAUGCAUGGAAGAUCUCCUUCUUGGACUGAAGGGAUCAGUUCCCCUGCCGUGCGUAGAAUGAAAGUCAAAGAUGUUUCCCAAUAUAUGAUUGAUGCUGCUAAGGAGAACCCUAACUUGGCUCAAAAACUUCAUGAUAUUUUGCUUGAAAGUGGUGUUGUUGCACCUCCAAACUUAUUUUCUGAAAUUUAUCAUGGGCAGUUAAGUACCCCAACCGAGGCCAAUUUUCCAACUGAACAAAAAGAUGAAAAUAAACAAGGAAGUGUGCAGCAAGAAACUAAGACUGAUGACAAUCUAGUUCCUGCUCGAUUUUUGCCUCCUUUGCCUCACCACCGAGUUCACCGCAAAGUAACUCCUAGCAGUAGCAGUCAGCUGGAGCAUUCUAAGCCUGUUGAGGGCUUAGGAAUUGGCCUUCCUCUUGAUUCAGGGGAAGCUGCUGGACAGCACAUAUCAUCACAGGUAGAAGCAACUCAGGUAAAGUAUGGGAAAAAUAUGCCAGUUGCGGCAGCUGCAGCUGCAGCUGCUGCUGUUGUUGCAUCUUCUAUGGUAGUUGCUGUAACAAAGUCGAACGCUGACUCGAAUCUUGAGAUUCCUGUAGCAGCAGCUGCUACUGCUACUGCUGCAGCUGUUGUAGCAACCACUGCUGCUGUAAGUAAGCAGUAUGAGCAGGGAAGUUGGAGUGGUGGUGAUACAGAGGGUGCUGGUUGUGAGCCGAAGUGUAGUGGUGAUGGAGAGCAUAAUGCUUUAGGAGAAAACACAGAAGGCGAGAGAAAAUCUGAUCGAUCAGUAAGUAAUGACAGCACAAAGUCUGAUUCAGCGCUAGAUGAUGUUGCUGAGUAUGAUAUUCCGUGGGAUGAAAUUGCGGUGGGAGAGCGUAUUGGACUUGGAUCAUAUGGGGAAGUUUACCGUGGUGAAUGGCAUGGAACUGAAGUUGCUGUAAAAAAGCUUCUAUAUCAAGAUAUCUCUGGUGAAUUACUUGAAGAAUUCAAAAGUGAGGUCCAAAUAAUGAAAAGACUGAGGCAUCCAAAUGUUGUUCUCUUCAUGGGAGCUGUAACUCGACCUCCAAAUCUUUCAAUUGUUUCUGAAUUUCUUCCUAGAGGGAGUUUGUAUAGAUUAAUUCACCGACCUAACAAUCAAUUAGAUGAGCGAAGGAGGUUGCGGAUGGCCCUUGAUGCUGCUCGAGGAAUGAACUAUCUGCACAACUGCACUCCAGUGAUAGUGCAUCGUGAUUUGAAGUCCCCAAAUCUUCUUGUUGACAAAAACUGGGUAGUAAAGGUAUGUGAUUUUGGCUUAUCACGAAUGAAGCAUAGUACAUUCCUUUCUUCCAGAUCAACGGCAGGAACAGCUGAGUGGAUGGCUCCAGAAGUGUUGAGAAAUGAACUUUCAGAUGAAAAGUGUGACGUUUUUAGCUAUGGGGUCAUACUAUGGGAGCUCUCUACUUUGCAGCAACCCUGGGGAGGAAUGAAUCCGAUGCAAGUAGUGGGUGCUGUUGGUUUCCAACAUCGCCGCCUUGACAUUCCAGAUAAUGUAGACCCUGCCAUUGCAGAUAUUAUCAGACAAUGCUGGCAGACUGAUCCAAAGUUGAGGCCCACGUUUACUGAAAUCAUGGCUGCUUUAAAGCCAUUGCAGAAGCCAAUUACUGCUUCUCAAGUGCAUAGACUAAGUGUUCAGUCAUCACGAGUUGCUGAAGACCCCGCAGGAUAGGAGACAAUUAUACAACUAACAUUUUGUUUUCAUUUUACUGCUAAAAAUGUGAGGGCAAGUUGUAGAGUAUUUACCAUUUGGGAUUGACAAAAGUGAUUGAUUCCGCUAACUUACAUUCUCAUUCAAGGUUUUCACUCCUCUAGUUCCUUCUCUUUCUUUUGUUUUUGUCCAUUUCCUGGUCUCUUCUGUAAUCCACAGUGCAGUCAUUGUGCUGAUAAAAAAAAAACAGUGCAGUCAUUGUCCAGGUUGUACCAUUUGUUUGUACAAAAUUCUUUGGAAAAUGUUGUAAUCAGUGUCUAAAUUUUGUUGUCCAUAUAUAUAGUUAUGGAAGUUGCAGCUGUAACUUGAGCAGAAGAAAGUAUUAACGAUAAUUGAAAAUUGUUUGCUGCUGUAAUUAGUGACCAUGUAAAUUGGGUAAAUGUACUAAA